AUGUUCAUGGGCUACGAAGAAGCGUCAAAAGCUUAUCGAGUAUACGACAUUGAGGCGGACCAAGUGGUGAUCAGUCGUGACAUCACCUUCGACGAAUCGACUUUUGAUUUUUCGAUGGACCGACCAAGUGACGAUGAUGAAGAUGCGGAGUUGGACCUCGACCUCCUGGCGAUCAACGAGGACGACGUGCGUCAAACCGUCUACAAGCAGACUGGCAAGCGCAAGAGUGAAGCAAGACCCGGCAUGUCACGUUCAGCUCGCCCUCGAACUGGGUUGGAACAAGCAAGUGCGCCGGAACACGUCUCCAACCGUCACCAGAAACGACGAUCAAGUGCUCCAGAAACGAUGUCUGAUGACGAAGAAGAUGCAAGCGUCUACGAUCAAGAUGACGACUCGACGCCUCCAACAUUUUGGCGUGCAAGUGCAAACGCAGUGGAAGCAACGGACCUAGCAGAACCUGUGACUUUUCAAGACGCGAUCAAUGGUCCUGAUCAAGCUCACUGGCGAAAUGCUGUGAAGGCGGAACUCAAGUCGAUGCAUCUUCGUGGAGUUUUCCGUGCGGCAAAACUGCCAAGAGGCCAAGGCGUGAUCGGCACCAAGUGGGUGCUCAAGAUCAAGCGCAAAGCGGAUGGAUCGGUCGAGAAAUACAAGGCGUGUUUCGUUGCCAAGGGCUUCAAGCAGAAGUACGGCAUCGACUACACAGAGACGUUCUCGCCCGUGGUCAAGUACGUGACAAUGCGUAUGGUGAUCGCGAUCACCAAGUAUUUCGACUGGCCACUGGACCAACUCGAUGUGGUGACAGUCUUUCUCUACGGAGUGAUGAAGGAGAAGGUGUACUGCGUGAUACCAGAAGGCGUCGAGAUGGAUGGCGACUUCGACUGUCUCGAGUUAGUGAAGGCGAUCUACGGUCUCAAGCAAGCUUCACGUGUGUGGAACGAGACUUUCGACGAGUUCGUAUGCUAUAUCGGUUUCGAAGCGUCGGCGUUCGACCCAUGUCUCUACAUCAAAGUUGUCGACGGUCACUGUGUGCUCGUGCUGGUCUACGUGGAUGACGUGUUGGUCACCGGCAGCUCGCUCGAGUUGAUUGCGCAGACGAAGGCCGACCUCAAGACGCGUUUCGAGAUGACCGACAGUGGCAAGUGUACUUUUGUACUGGGCAUCGAACUGGUGGACGAAUCGGAUGGCAGCGUGACGAUGUGCCAGCGACGGUAUGUCAACGACAUCCUCAAGCGCUUCGGCAUGGAUGAGUGCAAGGCCACAGCAAGUCCGGCCGAUUUGAACACUCGGCUUGUCGCAAGCAGCGACGCGGCCAAGAUCGACGCUCCGUUUCGUGAAGAUGUGGGAGCUUUGAUGCACUUGACGACUGCGACGCGCCCGGACAUUGCGUAUGCUGUGGGGUACGUCUCGCGCUUCAUGGAGAAUCUGCAGCAAGAACAUUGGACGGCGGUGAAGCGCAUCUUUCGUUACUUGCAAGGGACCAAGUCGCACGGACUCCGCUUCCAGCCAAGCGACAAGAUCGACUUUCGUGGCUACUCGGACGCGGACUGGGCCGGCGACCACGCUGAUCGCAAGUCGACUUCGGGUUACACUUUCAUGCUGAUGGGUGCUCCUGUGAGUUGGGGAAGCAAGAAGCAGUCAAUUGUGUCGCUGUCGACGAGUGAAGCGGAAUACAUCGCACUGAGUCUGGCCAUCCAGGAAGGCAAGUGGGUGCAUCGAUUGCUAUGCGAAAUUUUGGCGGCCGCAAACGAACCAGGACCGGACCUCGUCAUCCGUGAAGACAACCAGUCGUGCAUCAAGAUGACGAAGAAUCCGGUGAAUCAUGGCCGCGCCAAGCACAUCGACAUCAAGUACCAUCACAUCCGUGAUGAGGUCAAGCGCGGUGAAGUGCAGCUCGAGUAUUGCGAGACUUCCGUGAUGAUGGCGGACAUCAUGACCAAGGGACUUUCGGGACCUCGUCACAAGGACUUGACGACGGCUCUCGGCAUUCGUGCGAGUUCGGAUUGA